AUGGCCACUCGUAACCUUGAAGUACCCAGAGCCCCAGGGUUGAACCUCCGGAUUUACCAGGACAACGGUUCUCUUCUGGCUGCCCUGGAAAUCCCAACUGACCCACAUUAUCGAUACGUUUCUGCCGAAAUGCUCUAUCGAUACUGUUCACUAAUAUUUCUUUUUCCCGACGAGAACGAGUGGGCAAUUUACAAAUUGCGGAGGAACGGCACAACAGGCGCUGCACUCCGGUCUAGCAGUCGGGCUUCAGUCGGUCCCGGCGGCUACAUUGUCCUUGAUACAAAUGGAAAUCCCACUACCGUCAACCUCACAACUGAGUGUGCUCCACGCCGCGUCAGAACUCGUGACAUCAAUUCCCAAGUCCAGGGUCGGCAUGAACGAGACCGCUUGCAGAAGUCAUUUCGCGACAGCCUCCGCAACAGAGACAGGUGUUGUACAGUUACCGGGCCAUCUACCCUUGUUAUCGAAGACCAGCCUUUCCAAGGUGUUGAUGCUACGCAUGUCUUCCCUGUAAGCAUGCUGGAGCAAUGGAGACGAGACGGAUACCGGCGCUAUAUUACGGACACUCGCCCCAAUAGUGAGAUUGGAGAAUCUGGCCUCUAUUCUGCUCAGAAUGGGCUUCUCCUCCGCGCGGAUAUGCACGCAUACUUUGAUGCCUUCCAAAUUGGAAUUGAUCCUGAUGCUGAUUACAAGAUUAUUUUAUUCGGAAAGGAUACUACGGGAAUGGGUGGCACUCGUCUCCGAGACUCUGCCAGAAGCGGAACCCAGCGUGUGAGCCCGGAUCUCCUUCGUUGGCAUCUGCGGAUGUGCCUGUACAAUGGAUUAAGGGCCAAUGCCGAACCAGUGCCGAUUUGGGAGGAGGAUCUUGAGGAAGAUCCAAUGGGCAGCAUUUUCAUGCAGCCAGACGCAGCUGAACGAAUGGAAGUUGAGCUUUUCACCCGCCUGGGAGGACUGGUAGCGUGA